GCCCAAUCUCUUCCCAGCUUCCUCCCCUCACCUGCCGUUACCGCUCUGAGCCCGAUGGACAGCGGAAACAACGUGUACAAUAAUGACGCGCAGGACGAUGGGAGACGCAAUCGCCUCCCGUCCUUUGCAGAGGUCCUCGCAAGAAAGACGAGACCACCAGUCGACCUCUUCAUGUUUUAUUUAUUCUUGCAGCGCGAGGGCUCCGAGGAUAUACUAGAUUUCUGGCUCGACGUACAACAACACGAGAAUCUCUGUCGCGCGUACUUCAAGGAUGUCCGCAAGUCAGGGCGAACAAUUAAGGAGGACUGGCCGCAGUACUGGGAUUAUGCGCGUCGUCGCGGCUCCAUCUAUGGUACAGUCGUCGGUAUGGGUGGCAACACGCGUGGUGGCGACAUGGGCACCAAGCGCAGCACCGGCAGCACCGGCGAAAUGUUGGCCGAGCGUGAACGAUUCGACCAACACGACGAGAAGGAGAGAGCUGGUGAGCGGAGCACGAGUCCUCGGUCUGUGACUCCGGGAAUGCAGGAGAAAGAGCGAUUUCAAGCUACUUCGCCUAAUGAUCAACCAGACCCUCCUCGUUCUUCCACGCCAUUUUCGCUCUCUGGCAGGAUAUCAGCAUUGCACAGGCGCGCCAGCCGGGCCCCGACAAUCAUCCCUCGUACGGCUGCCGUUUCUCGUAUGGACCUCAUCGCAUCCGCAGAGCGGAUCUACUUCAGAUAUUUAUCGCCCCCGACACACGCUACAAUGGCCGCCGAUCCCUCUCAGAACCACGAAAUAUACCUCCCUCCCGCCUUGAGGAUUCACUCCUUUAUGCUAUCAUCUACUCGUGAGCCGAAAACCCAUGACGAGCUCAAUGCCAUGGCGCAGAUACCCGACAUGUUCCAUGCGCAGAAAGAGUACUGCUUCCGUGCAAUGGAGCAAGAUGCUUAUCCACGAUUUUUGCGCGCCAAAGCCUUUGGCAACUUGACACCAGUUAGCGCCCUUGUGCGACUUGUUCUUGGGCUUAUUAUCCUUUGGAUUGGUCUGGCCGUCGGGUUUUCUCUUAUUUUCCUUGAUGUCAAACCUAAAUCCAAACGUUUCUUCCUUUUCAUCCCCUUCACCCUCGCCAUACUCUUCUUAAUAAGCCAUCAAUACGAACUCGACCCUGUCCUAGUUUUCCUGGGCCAGUCGGAGACAACGCCAUUCCGUACGCUUACUAUCCGAGAGCCUUAUGUCAAGAAGUUGCUCCUUGGGCGUGCGAUCUGGGUUACGCUGCUUGUCACUGCUUGCGUCGCGGGUCUUACUCUUCUUUUCUGGGCUGUACCGGGUCAUCGUUUGUAGAUUGAUAGGACAUUGCAUUUUUUUCUUUUAUUUAUCUGUAGGUUGUUCCUCUUCGCGUCUUUCGUUUGCUUGCCUUUUGCUUUGCCUUGCCAUACCGCUCCAUUCGUUUCACGUAAUUGCAUACCCAAGUUUUUAUCCCUGAAAUGUGCUUUUUCUCUCUUUUUUUUAAUUAUUGUCGUGAUUUUAUUGUCUUGAUUCGUGCGUUUCUGUAACCUCACUUUUCACCAGGCGUUUUCGUGAUUACAGAACAGAAUCUUCUUUUCUCUUUAUUUUU